AUGUCGGGUCCUCCUCAGAUUGUGAAUUUAUUGCAGGCUCUGUUUCCAGAUGACCAAGGAUAUGUCGUCCACUUCAUUGAAGACGAAUAUGAGGAUGGUUCCUCGGAGGGCGCAGCUACAGUCUCGUACGACGGUGAGUGCUUCAUGAUAGUGUUGGUGGGCAACUCGGAUCACCCCGACGAUGUCCUCGUGUCUGAGCUGGUGAAGCCUCGCUUUGAACUGAUGCGGGCCGCAGCCAGGCAUGGCUGGGACCACGUCGGUUGCGUGUGUAUCGAUAAUAAGGUGAAGGCGUGGAAGCAUGCUAGAAACGCAGGUGACAAUGACCCUGCCACUCGCAUGGUGGUCGAGCUCCCCGUCACUCGCAUGGUCGUCGAGAACCAGGAAACGUUCGAUCUUGGAAGACCGAUACAGCGGACCCUGUUCGCCGCGCUCUGUGCACUCAUGAAAAGCAUGGUCACUAGCGGCGCGAAUGGAAUAUAG